GGAACCCUGUUGACGGAGUUGCGCCUUUUGCUCACUUCUUAUAGGGAGGGAGGCGCCCUAGGGGUCAGAGCCGCUCCGGAUAAACGAGCGAGCGCAAGAGAGGAGGUACCGCGCUGAUCCCACCGAGGGCUGGCUCUCCCCCCGCCCCUGCCGUGCUUGCGUGCGUUCUCCCUCAAACAUGGCGAGACUCUCUGAGCUACCUAUAGCGACCCGGACCCCACCACCGCCUGCCGCCACUGGUAUUGCUAGCCCGUGCCCAUUAUGACCCGGGAGGAUGGAGAAGUUGUCGGCGAGCCUGUCGGAAAUCGCGUGGAGCCCGGUGACGCUGCCUUUGGACGUGGUGGUCAGCAAGUUCCGACUGCCUGCUCUGGUCAGACUCGCGCACGGUGAGUGUGUGGAGGGGCUGGCAGAGGAGGAUGUUGUGUUGUUACACUCCUGUCGUCAGUGGACCACCGUCACGGCCCACAGCCUGGAGGAGGGGCACUAUGUCAUCGGACCCAAGAUAGACAUCCCACUGCAAUAUCAGGGGAGGUUCAGGUUGUUGGAUGAAGAGGAUGUCAGAGAUCCUGUUCAGUAUUUCAGCGUUGAGGAAGUCGCCGGGCUCUUCCCAGACCGAGUGUUCGUCAUGGAAACCAUCACCUUCAGUGUCAAGGUGGUAUCAGGAGAGUUCAGUGAGGACAGUGAGCCCUACAGCUUUACUCUCCAGGCAGGAGAUGAGCUGUCACUCAUGGGGAAGGCGGAGCUUCUCUGUGCCACGCCCUCUAGGGAGAAGUCUGGACUGAGCGCGCUCCUGAGACGCCUGGGCAAGACUCCCCGCAGUAAGACCCCCUGUCUCGUGUGCAUGAACCACCGCACCAAUCAGAGCGUCAGCCUCCCGUUCGCUUGCCGCGGCCGCUUCUGCACGCGCUCGCCCCUGGCAGGCAUGCUGGGAGGCGAUCACACGGUACGCAGCAUCAUCGAGCGGGUCCGUCUUCCCGUUAACGUGUCCGUUCCCUCCCGUCCGCCCCGGAACCCCUACGACCGUCACGCCGUGCGCGAGGGCCACCGCUACAAGCUGCUCAACAUCGUCAGCAAGACCGUGGUGCUCUGUCUGGUGCUUCGCCGACAGGAAGUCUCUCCCUCUCACUUCCUGUUGCUGCGCUGCAUGCCACGCUUCACGGUGGCGGAGGCCUCCCUCCACACGGUGGCGCUGGAGAGCCUCCUGCUGCGGCACUCCUUCGACACGGACGCCUACUCGCGCGCGGUGCGGGAGACGCGCCCGGAACUGGAGUGCGUGAGCGAGGAAUGCGUGAGCCCCGGUCGCUCGCGCGUGUGCGUGUCGGGUCAGGACUCUCUGGCCCCAGCGCUGCAGCGUUUGUCCCUGUGUGUGUACGGAGGCGGCGUGACUGACAGCCUAUCACAGCGCUGCAGGGACUCCCUGGGGGAGGGGCCAGGUGAGGGGGAGGAGCGUGAGUACGUCAGCCCCGACUGGACGGAGGCUGAGAUGAGGGUCGGUGAGGAGAUUCCCUACGAGGAGCUUUGGACCAAUCAGACUGCAGGAGCCCUGGGGAAGGUGGAGCCAAACCUGAUCUCUUUCCAUUCCUCUUCGUCACUGGACGGCACGCUGAGCACUGCCCACGUUACCAUGGUGACACGGGUGUCCACGCCGCCACCUGUACCCCCAAAAUCAGAUGCAGUGAGAGAGGAGUGUCGAUUCUUGAUCGCCCCCCCUGUUCCUCCUCGCUGCUCUAAGGGAGGCUCCGCCUCUAGUCCCGCCCCCAGCCCUCCAGUCCCACCCCGCUUCCCCCAGACCUCCGGCUCCCCACGACCAAACCGGUCCUUCUACUCCUCUGGCCUGCAGGAGAGUUGCUCCCCGUCUCCAGACACCUCUCUUUACUGCUAUCCAUGCUCCUGGACCGACUGCCCCGCCCCUAACCCCGCCCAGUCAAGCCCAGAGCCAACCCCUUCCCUUCCCCUUGACAGCAUAGCCAAUCCUCAGCCAGCACAGGCCACGUGGGUGGAGCCAUGGGCAGACUGUUCAACCCAGGGCUUCUAUAACUCUGGUCCUCGACUGAGGACGCCGCCCCCUCAAAGCCGAUUCGCUCCCUUCGGGGCGCUGAAUCCUUUUGCCCGCCAGUCGCCCUGCCCAUCCCCUGAACCCCCAGCCAAUCAGACGACAGAUUCCUCCCGGGGUGCAGAAGGAGGCGGGGCUUUAGGGGGAUGUGAGGGGUCCUCAGUUCACCCCACCUGGCGCCCACCGGCCGACCUGUCCGCACUCUCAUUGGAGGAAGUGUCUGCCUGUCUGCGGUUUAUCGGCCUGUCAGAGGCAGCCGUGGGCGUGUUCCAAAGAGAGCGGAUUGACGGCAGCCUAUUGGUGCAGCUCAACGAGGAGAUCCUGUCUCACGACUUCCACCUCAGUCGACUGCACGUCACCAAGAUCAUACAGUUCAUACAGGGCUGGAGGCCCAAGAUCUAAUGCACACACACACACACACACACACACAAUGCUGCCUGUCCUGAUCACGUGCCUGUUCACUACAUGGGACUGUCCUGAAUGUGCCUUCUGGACAAAGUGGCUGCUGCUCCUCUCUGAUUGGACGAGACAGCUCGUUGAUGACACCUUCUGGGUGGAACUGUAGAACUAGGACCCAACGUAAGAAGCACAGCCAGUUCAGCCUACGCCUGCUCGGUUCCACUUUGGCUCGCUGGCCUGUUUUCUAUUAACCCUCUCCAAGACCUGCAGCUGGAAACAGACCAGGAGCCGGCUGUGUGGACUUCUGUCAGGCUGGGAGGAGGGGGGGACCUGAGAGAUGUUCCAGUGUCCUGGUGUACCUAAAGACUGUGACUAGAGUUUACUAACUUUACCCUGACCUACAACAGGCUCUUGUCGCUACGGCAACCCUUGACCGUAAUAGGGGGUGUAACUGGUACAAGGGGUGUAACUUUCUAUCACCUUGGUGACUGAGACAGUGCUGUGUGGUACAGCUGACUAAAGUGUAGGGAUUUGGGCGUCUCUACAGUUAGUGAUAAUGAUGAUGAUGAUUAACCAAGCACUGUAGUCUAAGCCAGUUGUAUAAGAGUUUCAGGCCAAAACGCUGCAUAUCAUUGGGGUCACUUGACAUUCAUUACUCAAGAUCGUAAUCAAUUACACGUUCAAAAAUAAUAAAUGGAUUGUCAUGUAAGAAUAUGACAAAUCGACAGCAACUUAUCUUCAUUUCAGACGGCAACAAUUUGAUAGGUGAAUUGGUGAAAAUGAAAUGAAAAGGGUUGGCGUUUUGUACUGGAUCUCUUAUACUGUCUGUCUGUGAUCAUGAACUACAGCUUAACCUUCUGGGGCGUAACCACGACGACCUUGUGCAACAUGAAGAAAUAAAGACACCUAAUGACCUCUGAA